AUGUAUCGCUCCAUCAUUCGGGUCCAGCGAGUCGGUCGUUUGGCUUCUCGUCGCUAUUACAGUAGAGGACCUAAGAUAAGUCACGAUCCCACUUUAUCGACAAAAGAUGAAGACAGCAACACGCGGACAAAGGGUUUAAAUAUUCAACGUACUACACCGAGCUCACCUGGAGUUCAAGACAAUGCGUAUCCUUCAUAUAAACGUUCCAGUGGCCAGUUUGUUUUCAAUGCCUCCCAUGGCCCACCUGUACCUUUGCGAAGGAAAACUCGUCCUCCAACUUUCAUACGGCCUCUUCUCAGUGCUGAACUUUCCGCGCAGGAAAAGGCAAAUCAAGAGUUGAUAAACUCGGCUGCUGAUCUUGGAGAGGAGAUUGUUCAUCCAAACUUAGGAAAAGGUUAUCGAGAGAAUCUUCGCUUGCUCGAUAAUGGAGCAUUCAUGCCAAUCAAUUUUGCUGAAGGUCCGGAUUCGGUUCCACGUCGAUGGCUAAGAGACAAUUGUCGUUGUGCAAAGUGUAGACGUCCUGAUACUAUGCAGCGAGAAGUAAACAUUUUCUCGUCGGACCUCAAAGUCCUUCCGGAUUCUAUCAACAAAGCCAAAAAGGAUGGCCUUGAAGUAACCUGGCUGGAUAGCGCAGAUAACGAUGUUAAAUCAGAUCAUGUUACUGUUUACCCAUGGGACUGGCUCCACAAACAUCAAGUUUACCGCGACGCAAAGAAGUUCCAGUCUCCCAAAGCUUCAAUUGUCAGUGUGACUCGGGAAGGAAACUUUUCAGCGGAAGCAGAAGUUCCAAUACCUGACCCAGAUAGCCACGAAGUUGUUCUUUGGGAUUCGCUUAUUGGGAAAAGUCCACCUACUGUCAACUAUGAAGAAGUCAUGGCAAGUGAAAAUGGUGUAGGAAAGUGGACACGCAUGAUUCACAAAUAUGGGUUCUGUUUCGUAGAUGGGGUUCCAGUAUCUCCUGAAAAGACUCAAGAGCUUCUGGAACGCAUUGCUUUCAUUCGGCCAACACAUUAUGGUGGCUUCUAUGACUUCACAUCCGAUCUAACGAUGAAAGACACAGCUUACACCAGCGAAGCUAUCGGUCCUCACACCGAUACAACAUACUUCACCGAUCCCGCCGGCCUCCAGAUGUUUCAUCUCCUUUCUCAUACUGAAGGAACGGGCGGUGAAUCUCUCCUCGUAGACGGCUUCUGGGCCGCUCGCUUACUACGCACUCGCCACAAAGAUGCUUUAUCUAAGAUAGCAGUCCCUUGGCAUGCUAGUGGUAACGAUGGCAUUAACAUCACUCCAAAUAGGCCAUACCCCGUUCUCACCAUGAACACAAAUCGUGCUGCAACUCAGAUUAGAUGGAAUGAGGCAGAUAGAGGAACUAUUCAUCCUGGAUACUCCCAGGAGUGGUACGAAGCAGCGAAAGCAUACAGUGAUCGGGUUAAUGACUCGAAGCUACAGUAUUGGUCGCAGCUCGUACCUGGGCGCGCUUUGAUUUUCGAUAAUUGGAGAGUUCUUCACGGAAGAUCGGAAUUCACGGGUAAAAGACGUAUAUGUGGUGGAUACAUUAAUCGUGAUGAUUAUGUUUCGAGAUAUUUGAACACAAAUUUCACUCGUGAACAGAUCUUGGAGAAGAUACUAUGA